GUGGCAACGUUGCUUGAAUAUGAAAGGUUGGAUUUUUCACGUCACGGGAGUGACCCCGAUGAAUCAGAACAAACAACCUUAAACGUGAAUCCGACAUCAUUAUCCAUGGUUGUGAAGAUGAACCUGCUCUUCUUCCUUCUUCUUCUAGCUUCCACACCUUCCUCUUCUCUUGCCAGGGGUUCCUGGCAAAGCCUUGUUCCUUCAGAAGACUUCAAUAACCAUAGUAAUGCAAGCCGUGCAAGGCAUUUGCUGGAUCAUGACGAGUCUCAGGCUAAGACAAGCAGUGUUGAUUUGGCACUAGGAUAUAUGACCAAUGCUGACCUUGAAAGGGCCAUUAAGGAAUUUGGACAAAGAUGCAGUAACAUUUCUAGGAUAUACAGUAUUGGGAAGAGUGUAAAUGGAGUUCCACUGUGGGUUAUAGAGAUUUCUGACACGCCAGGAGAAGAAGAGACUAAACCUGCAUUUAAGUAUAUUGGGAACGUGCAUGGAGAUGAACCUGUAGGGCGUGAGCUUCUUAUAUUUUUGGCUAAUUGGUUAUGUGAUAACCAUUUGAAAGAUCCUCUGGCAACAUUGAUUGUGGAGAAUGUUCACCUUCAUUUACUUCCAUCAAUGAAUCCUGAUGGGUUUAGUUUAAGAAAGCGUGGUAAUGCAAAUAAUAUUGACCUGAACCGGGAUUUUCCUGACCAGUUCUUUUUUAUAAAUGAUGAUGAGGAUUCCCGGCAACCUGAAACAAGAGCAAUAAUGAAUUGGUCGCGAGAUAUACGAUUCACAGCAUCUGCCACUUUGCACGGGGGUGCACUUGUUGCAAAUUAUCCAUGGGAUGGUACUGAUGAUAAAAGGACAAAGUACUAUGGAUGUCCUGAUGAUGAUACAUUCCAAUUCAUAGCAAGCAUAUAUAGUCACUCACACUACAAUAUGUCUUCAAGCAAGGAAUUUCUCGGUGGAAUUACAAAUGGAGCAGCUUGGUACCCUCUAUAUGGAGGAAUGCAAGAUUGGAACUAUAUACAUGCUGGCUGUUUUGAGUUGACCUUGGAAAUUAGUGAUAAUAAAUGGCCUAAUGCUGCUGAGCUUCCCAUUCUUUGGAGAUACAACAGAAUGAGCAUGCUUAACCUUGUGGCAAGCCUUGUGAAGACAGGAGUGCAUGGAAGAGUAUAUUCUUCAGGUGAUGGAAGGCCACUACCGGCCUUUAUAACCGUCAGUGGAAUAAAUUACACGGUUAGAGCUGGAAAAUUUUUUGGUGACUAUCAUCGCUUACUUGCACCAAGAGAUAAAUAUGAAGUAGUGGCAACCAUGCCUGGCUACAAGUCAAAGAAUACAUCUAUUUGGUUGGAUGAAGGCCCGGUGACUUUGGAUUUUGUUCUUGACCCUGAAGUCAUUGUCAAGGGGAGUGUACUGCAAAAUAUCUAUGAUUGCAACUGUAACAGUAAAAACAAACUAGAAUUUGUUCAGUUUUUUGGGGGAGUUCACUUGGAAGUUUACUUUGUUUUCAUUGUUAUUCUAGGAUUUCUAUGCUUAUUAUUUCAGAGGAGAGCAAAAGCCAAACUUUCAACAAGCAGAGCAGCGGGAGCAAAAAGAACUGCUGUGGUUUGAGUUGUUGGUUAUUUGUAUUAAAUUAUGUUCUAUACUUAGGUGGCUAAAGAAAUCAAACCUUUUUCUUGUAAAAAUUUCUUCAGAUGGCUAACGUAAAUUCAUGUUAUUGAAUUCUGUUCGAAGAAAUUAAACGUAUUUCCAUU